GAAGCGCAAUACUCAAUGUAGGUUCUGGUUGACUCACUGUGCAUGAAGGCAUUCAUAAAGAAAAGGGCUCCUGAUGCCUCAGAUAACGGAUCUGAACCUAGUAAGUUCUAUUCUGUUAUUUGUUGAUGGGAAUAAAACAUGGUUUCUCCCUGUGAUAAACGCUUAUUUCUAAGUUCUUUGUUUGUUGUCAAGUGAAUUAAACCUUUUUAUUCAAUAAAGCAUCCGUAGAUAAAGUGAAGAGCUUCUUCUCAAAGUUUGGCAGUGGUUUUCGUACUGCUUUCGCCAAACCACAACAUCCUAGUGUGCCAGUUACUAGUCGUGACGUUAACAAUUAUUGUUAUUCUUCUGAUGAUCUGAAAACAAGAAAAGAAAUUGUUUCUACCUCAAGGGAGACGGUUGACGCUCUUCAUCCUUUAAGGUAUGUUUAAAUUUUAACAGGUUCUGAAAGUAUGUCGGCUUCGAUCUACUUUCUAAUUAGUCAAAUGUUUGGUUUAGAGGUGGUAGAGUUAAUGAAACGUUUCGUAAUCACUUCGUAACAGACUGCAGAUAUCGAUUAUUUUGUUGUCUGGUUGAUCGUUUGAUCCAUAUUUCAGUAACUGGUCUGAGAUCUGCUUAGUAUCGCGUGGCACAUUCACUAUUAGUGUUUAUAUUGUAGCUACUACGGAAUAGUUCACCUUUCGCUACCAUAUUUAUGUGAAAAAUAUAUUCGAGUGUAAGCCUAUGCUUAUGCACUAGUGAGUUUUUAUCUUGGUACAUAUUUGGUGAAGCAAAUUCUUGUUAUACUCCUUACGGCUGUCGAGUAAUAUGAAAGGUGAUCGAGUUUCCCCUGCGAUUCAUAUAUUGAAUGAACCACAUGGUUCUAACCCACAAUCAUCAUAUGUCCGUGGAAAUGCAUCCCCUCAAAAUUCUGCUUUUCGAGAAGAAUUGAACUCAAAACUACGAAUUCGCCCUGGUCAUAAUCUUCCACCUAGAAUAACAACAAUUGUUAAGUCUGCUGAAAGUUCCGAUAGUUUAAUUUCAAAUGAAUCCUCUUCACCACAUCAAAAACAUUUAAGUAGUCCAUAUUCACCUCCCCAUAGUACUCAUGUAUUUGCAACAACCCCACCUAAUAGUACACAUGAGUCUAUCAGUUCAACUCCAUCAUCCGCUGGUGCCUCAGAUUUAGUCAGUUUACAGCAUAAAUUAGCUGUCAGUAGACCUAGAAAUCGUCGUCCACCAUCAAAAACUUAUCGUCGUACAUUGAAUAAAACGGAUGAAAAUGUUCUUGGCUUCUUUUCUUUAUCACCCAAGCAUGUAUCGACUAAUGAUAAUUUCUUUUCAGUUUCUAAUCCUCAACUGGGUCUUAUAAAAGAAGAAAGUGAAAUAAUACAUCAAAUAAGUGGAAAACCACCUCAUCAAAAAAUAUCUAACAUUCAUCUACCCACUAAAAUAUUAACUGUAAAUACUGGUGAAUCGAUUAGUGAGAAUUCUGAUUCAAGUAAACUUGAUUCUUCACUUUCAGGACUAAAUUUAAGAGGCAGCGUAAAAUCUGCGUAUGACUCGAAUUCUCUGAAACGUAAAUCUGAUUCCUAUCGUAAAUCUGACUGUUUACUCACGUCAUUUGUUCAAGAAACAAUAACACCUUUCAAACCCCCAAAGAAAAGUGCAGGAUUUGAGAGAAUAAAAAUAAAUUCUACCAGUGAUUUCCAUAAUUUAACACCGCUGGCAUCAUACAAUGGCGGUGAUCAACAUAUUCGUCCACGUUCCAUGUUCAUUCCAUCAUCCGGUAAUGAAAUUCAAUCAUCACAGAUUUGUUUAAAAACAAAAGAUGUAAAUAAAAACUUAACCGACCAUCAUGAGAACAAUCUGAUUAGUUCAAAACAAUCUUCUGAAUCAAUUCCAUCAAUUGUUUUUAUCCCAUGUAAAGCGUCUGUGGAUAAUAAAAGUAAUGAUACUACUAAUACCAGUAAUAAUGAUAAUGAUAUUAGUCUCAAAGUUAGUAAUCAAACUACUCAUAUUAAUACUGAGACAAAAACACAUAUCUCUGUAUCUAUGGUGAAGAAACCUGUUCUGAUUGGUGUUGAAGAAAAUUCAAAUAAAUAUCCUCCAAGUCCUAGUCCUCAAACAGUGGCCUUACGUCAAAAAUGUGGUGAAACUUCUCGUAUUGAUCCGCCAAGUGAACAUCGUGUCUCACGUGUACUGGAAUUGGUAAAAGCAUUUGAAGGGGGUGUUUAAUAAAUCAUCAAAUAUAGAUUAAUUAUGAAUUUUGGUGCUUAAUUUCUUUACUACUUUACUUUUACCAUGUUUAAUUACUAUUAUUUUUAUUGUUAUUACUAAUUGUAAUAUGAAUGACAGACUUUAAUACUCCUCACUCCGAGAUGUUCUACUUUAUUUCAAUUUUUCUAUUCAUAAUUGUAAAAUUUUAAUUGUAUCCACAUACCAUUGAUGAUCACAUUUUAUUCUCUAUUACUACUGAUUAUUUUCAUUUGGUUGCGCCAUAAUGUCCUUUUUCUGUUUUGAGAAAAAAUAAAUGAUUUCAGAGACAUCUGUGAAUUAAUAACAUUCUCUAUGAAUCUAAUUAUUAUUUAAUUAUAUAAUUUUAUUUUCUAUUCACUCAAUUGUACUGUUUAAAUUAUAUGAAUUUGACUAUGUAAUAAUCUCUGUAUCUAUAUGUGUAGAUCUUCUCAAUUCUGUUUUUUCUUGUUGAAAAUGAUUGUUUGUAUUGGUUUGUGCCUUCAAAAGCUACCUACCGUCAAAUUGAAACAAAAUUAACAAACUACUCAAUAUGUCAAUAUUUUCUUUUUCAUCGGGAAAAAAUAUUAACAAAAGAUUAAACAUACAGCAUGAAUUAUGUUGUGUUUUUUUACAGUAAAAAAAGAUACAAAUUCACCUUUACAAUUUCAUUCAUUUCUUAUAAUAAAUACAACAGAAUUGAUUAUCAUCUGGUCUCUCUGUCUUAUUAUGUAUUAUAAUGAUAUUUUAUGCAAUAAUCUAUUUAUUCGAUUGUUUACCGUCCAGUGCUUUAUCAUCAUUCUCUAUUAUUGUUGAUUAAUACUGAUUAUUUGUAAUGAUUUGAUGAACGAUGAAGAAUUACAUUUUGUUUCCAAAAUAUAACAUUAUCGUUGAAUCCCAAUGGUGCAUAGAAUGCAAGGAUACUUCGGUACUUUUACAAAUUGUCUCUUAAAAACUUACCCUUUUAAAUGAUUUAUAAUAUCCCUGCAUAAACCCUGUUUUUUUCAGGUGUUAAUAGAAAAUAUACAAAAGAGAGUUAUGUAUAUCA